AUAUUUAAUUAGACUGCUGUUACACUGAGUGCCAGUUCAGUGCGUGUCUUCUUUAAAUCACAGUUCAGCUCGUCUUGUGUUGUGGGCGGAGUCAGAAGGAAUGCCGACUGCUGAUUGGCUGCUGCGCAGUGCUGAUGCGGGACAGUGUUGACGCUCUGGUUCUGCUGCUCGGGAUGGAUUGAGCGGUUUCCCCGGCUCCGGAUCACCGUGUUCGGCUUGAGGAUUGCAGUGAGACCCGCUGAGCUGGAGCCCGGAGCUUGAGCAUGAUCCACCGGCGGAUCUUUCUGUCUCAGAACCUGUACCAGAGCAGGUUUGUGAGUCUGGCGGCGAUGGCGUCUCCGUCGCGCAGUUCUCCGAUGCGCCGGCGCUGGAAAGAUGGUUCUCGAUUCGGUUUCGCUCAGACAGACCGAUCGCUCCAUCGCUCAACCAGUGACACCGACCUGCUGACCUUACAGAGCCGCUCCACACUGACCGUAAGCUCCUCCCAAUACUGCAUCGGCCAAUCAGAGGACAUCUGCAUCUGCUGGGACAUCAAAGAGGAGGUGGAGCCUGGAGACUGGAUCGGCAUGUACCUCAUCGAUGAGGUUUUGUCUGAGAAUUUCCUGGACUAUAAGAGUCGUGGUGUGAGCGGAUCCCACAAGGGCCAGAUCAGAUGGAGGAUCGACGCCAGCCUCUACUUCAUGGAGGCUGAGACGAAGAUUUGCUUCAAAUAUUAUCAUGGUUUGAGUGGAGCCCUCAGAGCCACAACACCCAGUGUGACGGUCAGGAACACGUCCGCCUCUGCGCUGAAGCCGGUCAUCAGUCCGGAUCUCCCUCAGUCUCUGGGCAGCAGGAGACUCAUCAGCUUCUCCCUCUCCGACGUGCAGGCGGUGGGUCUGAAGAAGGGGAUGUUCUUUAAUCCAGACCCGUAUCUGAAGAUCUCCAUCCAGCCUGGAAAGCAGAGUCUGUACCCUGCGCUUCCACACCACGGCCAGGAGAAACGCUCUAGCAUCGCCUGCAACACCAUCAGCCCCGUCUGGAAGAGAGAGCGGUUUAACUUUGUGUCGCUGCCGACGGAUGUUUUGGAGAUCGAGGUUAAAGAUAAGUUUGCGAAGAGUCGACCCAUUAUUAAACGCUUUCUGGGGAAGCUGGUGGUGCCGGUGCAGAGGCUGCUGGAGAAACACGCCAUCGGGGACCGUGUGGUGAGCUACACUUUAGGUCGGCGGCUUCCAACAGAUCAUGUCAGCGGCCAGCUGCAGUUUCGCUUCGAGAUAACUUCAUCAAUCCAUCCAGAUGAUGAGGAAGUGUCUCUCAAUGCAAUGCCAGUCUUUGAUGCGGAGCCAGACCAGCAGACAGAUCCGGAGCCAGUUGAAGAUCCACCACCAGCUUCUGAUCCACCAAUGGAGGAUGCAUUGAGUCUAGACGUUCCCGAGCCUCCACCCGAAUGUCCUCCAGAAAUCGAGAUGCGGGAUGAUGUUGAUGUUCAGCUUACAUCUCUAUCAGAACCCAGUAAGGAAACCCAACCCGAAGCAGAUGAGGAGAUGGUUACAGCUCAAGGAGAUACACCAAUGAAUGAUACAACUCUUGGAGAAACUGCAGAACAAGACACUGGUAUAAUGGGGGAUCAUGGAGAGACGCUGGAAGAAACUAUGGCUGAGACUCCAUCGGAAGUACUGGACAACCGUGAUGCUGAACAUACUGAUGGAGUAAAUGAAGAGCAUGAAGUAGAAACAAGCUCUGAACAGGUGGAUCUAAUGGUAGACGGAGAUAAUGAAUGUUCCCCAAGGGUACGAGUUCAGUUAAAGCGCAAGAAUCGACCGUGCUCGCUUCCAGUAUCUGAAUUAGAGACGGUUAUCGCCUCGACGUGUGAAGAACCCGAAACGCCGCGCUCUCAUUACAUCCGCAUUCAUCAUCUACUCCACAGUCUGCCGUCAGCUCAGUGCCACCGAGAUGAAGAGGAAGAUGCACCUGAUCCCGAAUCUUCAGAAGAAAUCACGAUCAAACCUCAAGAAGAUAAAGAAGACGAAGAUGAGGUAUCCGAAGCUCAGUCUCCGUCAGUUGUUCCUGAGUGUCCGAGACCGUGUUGCAGGCGAAUUUUACCACGUAGCCUCUCAAUCGAGCGUCUUUCUGAACUCAACCAGCUUCUGGAGGGAGAAAGACCGUCUCCGUCCACCCUCCGGAUAUACAGUGAAGACGGGGAUUCGGGAAGAAGAAGGGAGCCUCGGGAAAGCGAGUGUGAAUUUUGUGAUAACUCCUGCUAUAGUACGUCAUGUUACAGCACGUCCUGUUACAGCACCUCGUGUUACAGCACAAACUCGGGUUACGAGGGCCGAAACCGGCUGUGCAGCCACACACGCCUGUCCUCGGUGGACAGCACCCGCCUGUCGGAGAGCACGGUUUUCUCUUCGCAAGAGGAAGAGGAGGAGGAAAACAGCGCGUUUGAGUCGGUGUCAGACUCCAUGCGGAGCCCAGAUGUGCGGGAGCCAGGCGGAGGCUCGGUCCAGUGGAGGGAGUCUUCUUCAGAAGAGAGUCCUCUGGGGGACGCGGAGGUGGAUGAGUCGCCUGUGGCGGGACCUAGUGUUCGGCCAACAGGCAGUUUUCAUUUGCACUGCAGUCAUCAUGCAAUCACUCAGACUCCUGCUUUGCGGCCUGAUCCCCAUCAUUACCCCAGUGUUGAUCAACCAUUACCACCAAAUUGGGAGGCGCGUGUGGACAGUCACGGUCGUGUUUUUUACGUGGAUCAUGUAAACCGGACAACAACAUGGCAGAGACCCAUUCAUGCAGCCAAGCGCACCGGCAUGCAGAGAUCAGGGUCCACACACCAGAUGGAGCAGCUCAACCGCAGGUAUCAGAAUAUUCAGCGGACGAUGGCGAGCGAAGACGAGCCUGCAAACACUCGCGGAUCUGAGAGGAACACUGGAGAUACCGAGAGCGAAUCCACAACACAAUCCACAGAUCAGAGAAGAGACGGCCCUUCAUCUCCGGUCAAUAACCCGAACGUCUCGCAGCUGCUUCAGUGUCCCGCCGUCAAGUUCAUCACUCACCCUGAAUUCUUCACUGUCCUCCAUGCAAACUACCCUACAAUGACAAGAUUGUGGCUUUCCUCCGUCAACCAAACAUACUGGACACGCUGCAGGAGCGACAGCCGAGUCUAUCCAGAAACCACACACUCAGGGAGAAGAUCCAUUACAUCAGGACUGAAGGAGCUCAAGGUGUGGAAAAGCUGUCCUGUGAUGCGGAUCUGGUGAUGCUGCUGAGUCUGUUUGACGAGGAGAUCAUGUCGUUUGUCCCACCGCACUCCUUCCACCCGGGACUCAGCUUCUCUCCACGCUGCUCUCCUGGAUCCUCACCGCAGAGCUCACCUGGCUUGCAGAGGGCCAGAGCGCCGGCUCCGUACCGCAGAGACUUUGAAGCAAAACUGCGCAAUUUCUACAGGAAACUGGAGGCUAAAGGCUAUGGACAGGGCCCCGGGAAAAUUAAGCUGAUCGUCAGAAGGGAGCAUCUACUAGAGGGCACGUUUAAUCAAGUAAUGGCGUACUCGCGCAAAGAGCUGCAGAGAAACAAACUCUACAUCACCUUUGUUGGAGAGGAAGGUUUGGACUACAGCGGUCCGUCUCGGGAGUUCUUCUUCUUGUUGUCUCAAGAGCUUUUCAACCCAUACUACGGUCUGUUCGAGUACUCGGCCAACGACACGUAUACCGUCCAGAUCAGCCCCAUGUCUGCGUUUGUGGAGAAUCAUCUGGAAUGGUUUCGUUUCAGUGGCCGUAUUUUGGGUCUGGCUCUGAUCCAUCAGUAUCUGCUGGAUGCUUUCUUCACUCGGCCGUUCUACAAGGCUCUGCUCAGACUAGUGACGGAUUUAAGUGAUCUGGAGUAUCUGGAUGAGGAGUUUCACCAGAGCUUACAGUGGAUGAAGGACAACGAUAUCACUGACAUUCUGGAUCUCACAUUCACAGUCAACGAGGAGGUCUUCGGACAGGUGACGGAGAGGGAGCUGAAGUCUGGAGGCUCCAACAUUCAGGUGACAGAGAAGAACAAGAAAGAUUACAUCGAGCGAAUGGCACGAUGGAGGGUGGAGCGGGGGGUCAUGCAGCAAGCCGAAGCCCUUGUUAGGGGUUUCUAUGAGGUGGUGGACUCGCGUCUGGUGUCAGUGUUUGACGCUCGUGAGCUGGAGUUGGUCAUUGCAGGAACGGCUGAGAUUGAUUUGAGCGACUGGAGAUCCAACACAGAAUAUAGAGGAGGUUAUCAUGAUGGCCACAUGGUGAUGCGCUGGUUCUGGGCGGCAGUGGAGCGCUUCAAUAAUGAGCAGCGGCUGCGUCUGCUGCAGUUUGUGACGGGGACCUCCAGUGUUCCCUAUGAGGGAUUCGCAGCGCUGCGCGGGAGCAACGGCCUGAGGCGAUUCUGCAUUGAGAAGUGGGGAAAAGUCACUUCUCUGCCCAGGGCGCACACAUGCUUCAACCGUCUGGAUCUGCCUCCAUAUCCCUCAUACACUAUGCUGUAUGAGAAACUCCUGACCGCUGUGGAGGAGACCAGCACCUUUGGUCUGGAGUGACGCAUUUCUUUUAUAUUACUGCAAAUGCAUUUUCAAUAACUCAUUCCACAAGAGACUUUUUAAUGAUUUUUAAACUAGGAUUUUGUUUAAAAUGACUUGAAAUAGCAUGUUUCUGCACUAAAACACAAUAUAUAUGAUACUUUUUUCAUAUGUGCGAGAUUAUGGGGACAGAAGCAAACACGUAUGCAAUAGUAAAAACCAAACUCCAGCCUAUUGUAUUCAAAUGAUGGAGUAGCAUCCUGCUUUCCAUAGACUUGUCAGAUUUUUCCAGCAGUUUUGGUGCUUAUUACCAUUCAUUUUCCUUAUAGGGAUUGAAAUAAAAAAAGAGUUUGAUAAAUCAUGUAAGUUAAAGAGCUAUAAAGAGAAACACAACAUUAAAAACUUGAUUUUAAAGCACAGAAGUGUAUAAAAAUAAGUCAGAAAGACAAAGAUACAACACCUUUAAAAGGGAAAAAACUUUCCUGUCAAUAAUAGUCCAAUUUAAAGGAGGGAGAAAUAUGAAACUAAUUAUUUAAAGUUGUUGACUGCAUCAGUACAAGUAAUAUAUUUCAGGUUUAUUGAGAAAUAUGCAUAUAUUUAUGAAUAUACAAGUUCCUUUGCAGAGUUUUGUGUGAGUGGGUGGAGCUUAAGAUCUCUUUUGGCGAGAUUUGCUUGCUGCAACUCUCUGAUUGGUGGAAUUUUCUGCACAGGAUCAUGGGUAAUGUAGUUUUUCUGCACUAAUCCGGCUAUUAUAUAUGUUUACAAGUAUAAAAAAUGAGUUCAACAAAAUCCUCUCACCACAUGUACAUCACUGUAUUUAAAUGUUUAUUCUUAUGCCGAGUUCAGACUGCAUGAUUUUAGCGCUGAUUUGGACUCGCACACAGGUUUUGAGAAAUUGCAGACAAAUGCCUGAAAUCACAGGCAAAUCAGUGCUCGUUCACCUGAGGAACAAUCACACAGUGUGAACUAUCCGAGACACGAUCUGAGAGAAUCACCAAUGAGUCGCCGACACUCGUCAGAUAUUUGGCGUGUGAAAUGUGUUGUGAAAAUAGCAUCAGUGAUCACCUACAGCCAAUGAGAGAGCAGCGUCCACUAGUGUGGGUCUCUGCAGGCCAGCGGGAGGAGGAUGGAGGAGAAGGUAAAAGGGUUUCUUUUCAGUCUAUAUGAACUCAAGAAAUGGAGGGAAUCUAGUGUAAAUGUGGCAGGAGCACCCGUGACUGUUUGGCGUGUCAUCUGAGCAACAUCACAACCGGCUCCAAAAAGAAAAAGGCGGAGGAGAAAUGAUUCCCUUCGAAAGCCAGGUGAGCAAAAUAAGCACUACUCCACUAAAGACUUCCUUCUCAUUAUGUAGUUAAUAACUUAAGAUGUACGACGUGACCUCGCGCUGUUUCCAGGUCACUUCUCGUGUGUGUUUGGUUGUGAGACGUAGUUCGUGGACUGAAGUUGUCUGCGUUUCUCCUAUUGUCAAGUCAUGCAGUGUGAAACCGCCUGUCGCCGUUCCAUCUUGCAGUGUAAACAAAGCAGAGACAAAACGCUAGCAAAGAUAGUCAUGCAGUGUGAACACAUCUGUGACGCCACUACUUUGAAAAUCCUGCAGUCUGAUCUCGGCAUUAUUCCCUAUGGAGAAAAUGAAUGGAGUUUUUACCUCCGAGACCCAAAUGCUGCUCUCUAAAGUUUAGGGAUCGGUACAUUUCUGAUUGGGUAUUUCUCUAAAAUGUUGUGUUAUUUUAAGUGUGGCUAUGUUCAGAACUAAAUACUAACAUAUUGCUGACUGAAUAUGCGACAUGUAUAAUAUACGCUAGAGGUGUAACCCUAUACUGGUCUCACUGUUCGGAUACGAUUAUCUUGCCAUCGAUUCGGUUCAAUUCGAUAUCUCAGUGCAUUGACGAUGCUCUCCAUACACAGUGUUAUAUUUUAGGGGGGAGGCUAUAACAAGCUGUCUGUAUAAACACACAGACACACAGCACCACACUGUCUCUCAUUCACACACAUACACAAACAUAGACAGCACCAAACACACACACACACAUACACACACACACACACACAAAAAACGAAAAAAAGAAGCACUUUUCUGACAGUCCCUUACUGAAAGCUCUGCUCCGCGCGAGCUCUCCUGGCUAAACGCAUAUUGCGAGGGCUUAAACGGAGCAGUGCUCUUAAUGUC